CUCACCGUAACCGCAAUCAUGUCCUCCCAACAGCUCACUUUGCACUCAACGAUAAGGCUCGUCGAUGGAUAUGAGAUGCCGAUACUGGGCUACGGGACAUACGAGGUCGAUUCGCAAGACGCGUAUGAUGGGGUAACGUGGGCGCUUGAGGCCGGAUACCGUCACAUCGACUCCGCAACUUGGUACGACAAUGAAAGUGAGUGUGGCCGUGCAAUCCGCGACUUCUGCGCCCGCGCCGGCACGCCCCGAGAAGACAUCUUCUACACCACGAAACUCAAGAUCAACGGUACACGCGCUUCCACCACCAAAGCGAUUGAUGCGUCUCUCGCAGCUUGCGGCCUUGGAUACCUCGAUCUCUACCUCAUCCAUGGUCCGAUCGGUGGGGAGAAGGCUCGUCGUGAGAGCUGGGCAGGCGUGCUCGACGCACAGAAGGCGGGCAAGAUACGGAGUGUCGGCGUGAGCAACUUUGGCAUGAAGCACUUGAGCGAAAUGGAGGCAUGGGGCAUGGGCUUGCCCGUUGUUCAGCAAAUUGACUUGCAUCCCUUCAUGACUCGGACAGACAUUGUCGAGUGGUGCAAAGAGAGGAACGUCGUUCUUCAGGCCUGGGCUCCCCUUGUCCGCGGUAUGCGUUUCCGUCACCCGGCGAUCACUUCUCUGGCGAAGAAGUACAGUAAAGCGCCCGCUCACGUGCUCCUGAGAUACUCCUUACAGAAGGGCUUUGUCGCGCUACCUAAGUCCGUCCGCAAGGAGCGCAUCGUUGAAAACACGCAGAUCUUCGACUUUGAGCUUACCGAAGAAGAGAUGGCGCUUCUCGACAACUUGGAUGAGUAUCUCGUUACGGACUGGGACCCUGUCAACUGUCCUUAAGCGCCAGGAGGAAGGAGCGCCUAUCCCCAAAUCUAAAAAUAGUGCUUGCCCCUAAAUUCGUAUUGGGACGUCCGCAUACAAUUUUCGUAAACUCCCUUCAACCGAUUCGUUCUUGCUGUUCCUACUUUUUACAAGGUCAAUAAAAUCUAGAUGACCAAAUGCC